AACUCUCGCCCUGCAAGUGUCACACAUGCGAACUUGAGCUGAGUGCGGGGGGACCGGAGUGGGGCUGGGCGCUGGAGCUCCGGGCGGCGGGCUUUCCCCGGGGGGCAGGAGGGGAGAUGAUUAGAGAGGGAGGGUGAGGCUCUUUCGCUGCGUGCCAGGGAAAGUUUGAAGUUGCAGCUGCCCGAGUCCUGGGAGCGCUAGGGCUCGGGGGUUGGCGGGUUGUGUUUUCUGCUGUGUAUUUGAUUUAGGCGGCUCUGCUGAGUGAGUGGUGCAGUUAUCCUGCGCGGUCGCUGGGGAAAAUCACGUUCAAGGGGCAGAGGUAACUUGGGUGGUGGUUGUUGGGUUUUUUUGUUUUGUUUUGUUUUGUUUUUGCAGAGGACUUUUCAGUUCGUGACAGGGUUGGUUUCUCUGCGAUCCUUGACCCCGUUGGCGUUGUUGGCAGGGGGGCAGGAGGCGUUGGUCUGCCUGACUCAGGUCCCGGUGGCUGGUAAUGGUGGUUGCUGUUUUAAAAGGUGUCAGUGGAUCACUGCAGGGGGAAACGUGAUUGGUAACACUUUUUUUUUGAAAUAAACUAAAAUUAAAGGGACUCGGGUUUGACCUGGCGGCAGAGAAUCGGACCAGUGUGAGCAAGGGAACUCUCUCGAGCCUGGCGUCUUGCGCGCUCUGACAUGGGCUUGGCAGCGCCCUGCCAGAGAUGCACGGACAAUAACGGAGCCAAGGGGUUUUAACUCUCUCCGCAGCGAGAAGCCGGUUUCUCCAAGGCCUGCAGUUUGCUCUUGAGGGACUGGACCAGAGAAAGGCGGGGGGCGGGUUCGUUUGAGCGGCAUUUCACCCCCUGACAGGGCUGGGGCGCGAGGGGGACCUAACAGAUACCCGCUUUUGCUCGAGAUCCGGGUGUUUAUCGUGCCGGCGUCUAGGCAGGUAUUACAAGGAUCCCGGUGUUUGUAGUGCCCGCCCCUGGGGGUUUACUGGCGAGAUCCGGGGGUUCGUAGCGCCCAGGUCUUGGUGGGUAUUGAAGGGAGUCCCUCGGAGGGGCCACUGCUUUGGGGCAGCUUUGCUCGUUUCUGGGUUCUUCCCGCGGCCAGGAUGGAGCUGAGAUCGGAAAUGCCCAGCGUCCCCUCGGCGCCCGCUUCGGUGCCCCCCAGCUCGGUGGCGGCGGCUGCCGCGGCCGCGGCCGCAAGCUUGCCGGUGAGCGUGGCCGGCAGCCUCCUGCGGGGCCCCCCGCUGCUGCUGCGGGCGGCCGAGAAGUACCCGCGCACGCCCAAGUGCGCCCGGUGCCGGAACCACGGGGUGGUGUCGGCGCUGAAGGGCCACAAGCGCUACUGCCGCUGGAAGGACUGCAUGUGCGCCAAGUGCACCCUGAUCGCCGAGCGCCAGCGCGUCAUGGCCGCGCAGGUGGCGCUGCGCCGCCAGCAGGCGCAGGAGGAGAACGAGGCCCGCGAGCUCCAGCUACUCUACGGCACCGCCGAGGGCCUGGCCCUGGCCGCGGCCAACGGCAUCAUCCCGCCCCGGCCAGCCUACGAGGUCUUCGGCUCCGUCUGCAGCGGGGCCAGCGGCGAGGGAGGCGCUGGGGGCUCGGACUCCAAGCUGCAGAAGUUCGACCUGUUCCCCAAGACGCUGCUGCCCAGCCGGGCUGUGACCCCGCAGCAGGCGGGCGGGAAGCCCCUGUCUCCGGAUGGGGAGUCGGUGCCGGGCACCUCCUCCCCAGAAGCUCGCCACGGCUCGGGCUCGGAGAACGGGGACGGCGAGUCCCUCCUCAGCUCGCCCGUCUCCAAAGGGCCGAAGGAGGGCGAGGAGAGCCCGGGCUCCAUCAGCCCGCUGGGCUCCGACUCGGGCUCGGAGGCCGAGAAGGACGAGCAGGACCCGUCGCCCUCGGCCGGCGGCCGCCAGCGGACUCCCAUCGACAUCCUGACGCGGGUCUUCCCGGCGCACCGGCGCAGCGUGCUGGAGCUGGUGCUGCAGGGCUGCGGCGGGGACGUGGUGCAGGCCAUCGAGCAGAUCCUCAACAACCGCGGCCCGGACAAGGGGCCCGAGGAGAGCUGGGCCCGGGACGGCGCCCUGCAGCCCAGCCCGGCCGCCGCCGCCGCCCACCACCGGCCCUUGAUCGCCGGCGCCAUGAGCCCGGCCAUCGGCACGCUGGGCAGCCGCUCCGCCUUCUCGCCCCUGCAGCCCAACGCCAGCCACUUCGGCGCCGAGGCCAGCGCCUACCCGCUGGGCACCCACCUGGGCCUCAACCCCCUGCGCCUGGCCUACUCGGCGCACAGCCGGGGACUGGCCUUCAUGGCCCCCUACUCCACCGCCGGCCUCAUGCCCACGCUGGGCUUCCGGCCGCCCAUGGACUACGCCUUCAGCGACCUCAUGCGGGACCGCUCCGCCGUGCACAAGGAGCAGGUCUACUCCAGCGGCCUCUACGGGCCCAUGGUCAACAACACCCCCGAGAAGCAAUAGACUCAGCCCCCUGCGGCGGGGGCAGCGCCCGGCCGGCCGCGGGCACCGCGCUGACGCCAAGGACUCGCUCCCUCCUUGCGUCUCUUGACAGCUGCCAAAUCACAGCUCACGCCUUGCACCCUAAGGGCCUCUCUGAAGAUAUCAAUAUAGAGCGAGAGAAAGAGAGGGGACUAUGUGGACACCGAUUGAUUCGCUUCCUUUCGCCUUCCAGCCCAUUCCAUGGUAGGGCAGGGCGCAGACCCCCGCUGCACGGAACAGAGUGUGGGGCAAAGCUGACAAAUAAUAGGUGUAUUAAAAAAAAACAGGUUAUAAAGGUGCACUUUCAUUGUUGAGAUGUUUGUCACGCUCUUUGUUGCUUAUGGCCAUAAGCAUGGAUAUCCUUGGUGAAUUGUGAGGUAUAUAUAUAUAAUAUAUAUAUAUAUAUAUAUGUAUACUAGCAAGUGUAUAAUGUUAUAAAAUGGAAAUCUAAGUUAUUAAUGUAACUUGUAGGUGAACUUGGUAUUAAAGCUAAAGGUUAGACAGCUCUCAUUGUAAUACUUACCAGGUAUAUAGAUUAAAUAUAUUGUAAAAUUGAAAAGCCUUCCCGCCCGCCCCUUCCAGGAAAUGUUAUAAUCUGUAUAUAACAUUGUAAAGUAGAUAUAUUUGUAACUGUCCGUAGGACCCAGCCGCCAAUGCUGUAUAACGGUUUAAUGAGCCUCUUCAUUUGUGAUCCGCAAGAAAAUUUCUUUCUGGUUCCAAUGUAGCAAACUUCUUGCCGUUUCUAACCAUUACUUUCUGUUUCCAUUUCAUAGAAAUACUAGAAAUAAAUGUUAUUUUCUAUUAAAAAUCA